AUGGGAGCUGCUUACUCAUCCGGUCCGGUUGGCGGCGGUAGUCAGCCUCCCGGAGGUAGCGGUGGUGGUAGCGGAGGUCGUUUUUCCGAUGGAAGAAGCAGUAAUAGCAGCACCAGUUCUCACCCUCUCCUCGAUCAGAGCUCAUUCUCUUGGCUUAAUUUGGCCAGAAGUGGUCAGUUGCCCCCCUCCGGUGGUGUCAGUGUCCCUUCAAUGCGUGUUCAAUCUCAGUUACCGCAGCAGCCACAGCAGCAGCCGCAACAGCAAGGCACUCAGUCUGGCAUAGAGGAACUUAUCGCCACCUUUUCUCGUGCAAAUCCCAAUCUUAUCCAUUCAUUUUUGGAAAAUCUACGUGCGCAACAACAGCAGCAGCAACAACAGCAAUCGCACUAUCAACAAGCAACGUCCCAACAACAGAUGUUAAGUGCUCAGGUGCCUCAGCCAUCUGUAUCUCGUUCCCGCUCUCCUACUCAUCAUCGACAGUCUCCGCAGACCGGUAUUCCUCGUCCCUCUAGUGGCUCCUUGGGCGGUCUUGGGGGCCAAUCCGCUUCAGGUCGGCCGGGCUCAGCAGCUUCAGCUCCAUUCAACCAACCCAGGGUAGGUGGCGGCAGUGGCGGCAGUGGCGGCGGUAGUAUCGAGUACGGUGGCGGUGGAAGUCAACCUCAGCAGUCUUUACCAGAACAGUUGGUGUCGGCGGCAACAGCUGUAGCUGCCUACCCUCACCGCCCCUCCUCUUCGGCUUCAGCCUCCCUGCGAUCCUCUACCACAGGCUCUGGCACUGGCUACUCCGUUUUGCCAGCCAAUUCUGCUCAAUUUCAUCCAGCCUACGCUGCAGUUGCUGCGGCCACGCAUCUAGGUCAUGGUGAUAAUCUCCAGGAUUUGACACGUGGCAGUGGACAGUCGAUAGGCAGUGGAGGCAGGGUGCCGCCCUCAAAACGGCCUCGUCUUGUCUCCUCAUCGGGGUCCUCUGUGCCCCCUACAUCAGCACCACCCUCGUCUUCACCUUACCUCUCCCAGUCCUCUUCUCUCUCGCGCCAACAGCAACAGCAGCAUGAGAUGCUGAGUAGACAGUUGCUGCAGACCGCUGCAAACAGUAAGACAGCCAUUCUGGCUUUGUUUACUAAUGUGGCUCAGCAACAGCAGCAACAGCAGGUCGCGGCUUCCGGGGGCAGGUCCUCGGUCUCUUCGAGCUACUACCAACCCUCGGAGUCUUAUGCGCAAAGAAAUGUUGGUCAACGACAGCCUGGGUCUCAGCUUCUAGUCUCCUCACCGAACACCUUAUCACAAUCAUCCUCAUUAUCUUCGUCAUCGUCAGCAGCGGUAGCAGCAGCCGCGGCCGCAGCCUACAGCAAUCUGGCGGCAGCAGCGGCGGUGGCAGUAGCGGCUCAACAACAAGUCGCCUCCUCUGCCGCUGCAGCUGCUGCUGCUAACAACACCGGUGUCUAUCGGCAACGAGCGGCUGCCUUGGCCGCGGCUGGUAGAUCGGGUUACCUUCACACCACCUCCAACUCCACCUCUUCCUCCCGCGGAAGCUACCGAGGACAACCGCAGCAGUCGCAGCAAACCGCUAUCCCAGCCGACGGUGGUAGUGGAGGGGGUAUGGGUUACCAUGCUCACAGCACUGCACACACCAUGCCGGGUGGUAGCGGGAUGCUUCGUCAACAGACUAAGGAACCUGCCUACCAUCCGCAGGUGGAGGCAAUAUCACCGGCACCAGAGGAGGCGAGGCUGCUGGAUACAGUGGAGGCGAAGUUGCAGCGUGAGCGCGAGGAGAUGCAACGCCGCCUUCACGAAAUUGAGGUGCGCAUCAACAAGGAGGAGGGUCAUCUGCGCUACCUCAUGGACCGCGAGUCCAGUCUCACCGCUGAUCUGAAGAAUGAGACCACUGUUGCGCCUCCCACUCCCCAUCGCGCCAAAGUUCUCUCCGUCAAUGAGCUAGAGGAUGAACGCGCCUACGAGAACCCUAUUCAGGCUCUUCUCUCAGAGACACGUUCGCGCGCAAAGAGACAACACGAGAGCCUUGCGCGUCUUUGUGGACGAUCAGUGAGUUCAUGUCCCUGCGCUCUACCCGUCUACCGACAGCCCUCCGAUCUGCCUGCACUUCAGCAUGUCCAGUCAGUUUACAAAAACGGGUUUCGACGCCAACUUAUUAAGUACAUCCACCGACGCAAGCGGGCGGAGAGAGCGAGGCUCCGAAUUCUUGCCAAGCACUAUGCUCGUCAUGCACAGGCAUUUUUCAAACGCCAUGAAAAGUUGAUGAACAGCGCUAAGCGGAAACAGAAAGACGCCAAAAAUCGGGAGAUAUUCGAUAAGGCCUUUCCCGAGAUGAAGAAGAUUCGCGAAGACCAGGGCCAGAAGGACGGAGGCAAGGGUGAAGACGGUCACGAUACUGGUUCCAACGCCGGUUCGAAUGGAGCUGAUGGCGAUCAAGUGUGCGAUCUUGUCGAAGACAUUGCCAAAAUGAAGGAGUAUGCUAUUGAUCCACCCGUUACCCUGGCACCCUGGGAAAAGUCCUACCACUUCCUCUGCACCGCUCAUCGUAUCACUGAUCCCAAAUCAGAGCAUCUGAAAGCACAGUCCUUGGAGAAAUGGUCAAAAGAGGACAGGGCGCGUUUCAAGGAGCGCUUCUUGGCUACACCAAAGAACUUCACUACCAUUGCGGCCAGUCUGGACAAGACAGUGGCGGAGUGUAUUCACUACUACUAUCUCAGCAAGAAGUCUGAGGGCUACAAGGCUUUGGUGAAGAAACACAGCACUUCGCGUCGAAGGCGGACUGGGCACUCGGACAAAAAUGGACCUACAGGUCCCUCGCAUGGAACUGCCUCAAAGAAAGCGCCUUCCAGGGUCUCUACGCCCGGCAAUGAUGAUCAUCGGAACUCUCCGUAUCCUGAUUCCAAGAACGAGGAUGGUCACACGGCAGGACACCGAAAAGGCAGUGGUGUUGGAGGUUCCACUCGGGGUAGGUCGGGUCGUCGCGGUGGAAGCGGUGAUCAUCGCUUCACGAAGGGAUCCGGAAGGGGACGCUCAGGAACACCUGUACCGCCUUCGAUCCCAGCUACAUCCUCCAACGCCUUGGGCCAGUCCGACGGCGUUGUCAUUGAUACCAAACCACCGUCAACAGAGAUUGAUAGGCCUCAGGGCUCUGCCUCCGCUUUAAAAAUCGAAGAUACUAAAGAUUAUCCGCCGACUCUUGUGAAACCCUUGGAUUUAGGUUUGACGAAAAAUUCCAACGGACCAUCGCACUCAAGCAAAGAAAAGGAUGAGCGCGGUGCAGAGGCGAUAGCAGCAGCAACGGGAGGAGUACCCACCGGUUCCGUGGACCUCUGUCAAGGCUACUCGUCGCCCCAUCAUCACCCUACCUCUGUCACAGACACUGUUACCUUUACUCACAACUCCCCGGCCUCUGGAACCUAUUCGCCUCAUUCACAUCCCGAGGAGUCAGCUAUGAAUCGAUCGACAUUCUCUGAUGUUGGUGGCAUUGGGUCAAGCCUCUUGCCUCCAAAGGAUGCAGUUGCAGCCUCCUGUUUGGCGGCCACCUUACCCGAACAGCUAGUCAAUUUGGCAAAAGGGGCAGUAGCUGCUGGUAGCAUUUCCCCAGAACUGCUUGCCAGCAUUCCUCAACUGUCUGCAGUGGUAGCUUCAGGUGCGGUCUACGGAACACCGUCCUCUUCCUCCGCUGCCUCCACUCAGGCCCUAGCACAGGUCCUCACCCAAUCAAUGACUUGUGGAGGAGGCUCACAAUCACCAACACAGAAGCCAUCCCAUGAUGCCUCCAACCAGUCGUCAGAUCCAGCUGCAGCUGCCUACAGUAAAGCUAUUCUCAUUGGCGACUUUUGUACGGCUCAACAACUCUCCAGGGGGAGUACACCAUCUCAACAAACCCAAAUCCCCACUUCAGCCAACAUGACUGGAACUGGUCUGCAACGCGCCGCUGACUACACCGACCCUGCCUACCUUAGCGGUCGAACCAUCGAUCCGUUGACCCUGCCGUUGCCUUCAAAGCGCCCUGGUCCCGGUGGAUCCACUCCGGGUCCUUCUCGUUCCAUGGGACAUGGAAGUUCUCAAGGUCUUUUGCGAUCCCCUCCAGCAGGCAUGGCCUCCAGUUAUCACCAUCAACCUCCGCCACUUCCUCCGCCACUUUCUAGACACCAUCAGAUAGCUUCACAUCCCUCGUCCAGAAGGUCAUUGAGUGCUCUUCAGGGCGGUGUCUACGGUCCCCAAGCCGGAUACGGAGACACAUCCGUCACCAAACCCUCCGGUUGUUAUGAUUUAUCAUCCAUUAAUCCCCCUAAGAGCAAAAAGGCUUGUUCUUUUGUUAUCUUCAAGAAGAAUAGCGUCCCGCCGAUUAACCUGGAAUCGGCAGUGAACUGUAGAGGGAGCGGAGACUUAGACCCCAAGGUGGAGGAGUAUAUCAACCACGCAGCGAAGCUCUACCAAGACGAGGUAGAGCGCUACACCUCCCGUGAUCGUUCCGACUCUAUGCGUACUCGUACGAGCAGCGAGACAUCGCAACAAAUGCACACGGCGCUGGAUAAUGCGCGCCAACGCGUUCUCGGCAUGGCCACUGCCGCUGCCACCGCCGAAAAUGCCAGUUCGACCACGGGCUACAACACCCCCUCUGUCUUUGCAGACUCCGUCUUCGCUGAACCGAUGGGCGGAAUGUUGGAUAUCAACGAGAUGCUCGCCAAAUACGGUCCGCAAUAUCUUUCGCUAAUUGCAGCGGCAGCUGCAGAGGCGACUUCUUCCUCCUCAACGAUGGUCACAUCAACAUCAGCGGUGACUGUCGAAGGCAUCCCCUUGUUUACUCCCCGUACGUCCAAACCUUCUCCAAUGGAUAGAAGUGCCCAGCUUCAGCCAUUGCCACUGCCAACAUCCUCAGCAUCAGCGUCGCAGUUUGCCCCUGCGCCACUGCACAACAUUCCCCAGCCGAUGCCGCUGCCACGCUAUCGCAAGUCCGCUAGUAGCACCAUCAGUAACGCCACCGCCACCGCGGCCUCCUCUGGACACCCUCCCUCAUUUUCGUUCAGUUCACCUGCGCUCUCCUCACAACGCGAUUUCUUCCCUACUCUCGGUGAGGAUAAUGCCCCUGCCGGUGGUUUUCAUCCACACCACCAACAGCAUCAUCGAUACCCGACCCUGAUGCGAGCUAGUGCCUCUAGAAAUCUGGAAUCUGUUGGCUUGUUACCGGAAGAGUUGGCAAAAAAAGCGUUGACUGGAGGUUUGCGGUCUCAUCAACAGCUCCCACUAGCAACAUCGCAGUCGCAUUCGACGACCUCACAGAUACCGGCACCGACAUCAAUGUCAAACAACCCCUCCUUGGUCAGCUCUUCUUCCGCCACCUCCUCAUCCAUAUCUGCUGCUCCUAAUUCGACCACUAUCAGUUCCUUCCGGUCCUCCGACGUUUCUAACGCCAGUGUCGCGCUCUCCACCUCAUCUAUCACAUCUAUCGCUCCGGUGAAUACAUCUGCCUCCUGCACUGGAACUCUUGGCGAUCAAAUCGAAAAAGCAAUCACAGACGGCAUAAUCGUGCAACAAAGUGGUCAGGAUAUACCGAGGAUUAACCCUUCAACGGCUGAAGCCAAGAGCGUCAAGUCCAUUCAUCCUACAUCUAGUCUUCUGAAGACUGACUCCGAGAAUCAGGACUUAUCACCACUACUCGCACCAGCUGCACGCUCUUCGUCGGCGAGUCUGCUGACAAGCCCCUCGCACAUUUCCGCAUCUCUGUCAGCAUUCCCGAAGAAACGAAAUCGCCUGACUAGUAGUGGUAGUGUUGGUAUGGGUGUUGCUCGCCCCACCUCACCUCCCCGGUCGCGUGAAGCGGAGGUAUUGACGCCUCAGGCAUCGUCGACCGUCACCACUCCACCGAACGCCUCGCCUGCGUCUACGGAGGGAAGACUAUCGGUUUCCAAGUCUCCUGCUGUUACCUUCACUGUCUCCACUACUGCGAAUGUUUCUGCGGCCUCCGGCAUCUUGGCGAUUUCACCUCCUAGCUCUGCAGAAUCGCCCGGCAAUUUGCAAAUUUGUAUACCCCCGGAAGAUGAGCAGUCCCAGUAUUCGCCGACCACACCGGUCGAGGUUGUUUCGGGGAGACCGACCAGCCUCUCACGGCAGACGCCAAAUUCAAAAUCGUCAAGCAUGGGUGCUGUGGCUACUGCGAGUCCUCACACAGCCUCAAUCAGUGAGUCUACGAGUCCAAAACGCAAUCCCCCAUCACCACCAUCGUCGUCAUCAUCAUCGCCGCGACAGCAGCUACCACAGUCUCCAUAG